AUGAAGAGAAACAGAAAUGACUCCCGCCAAUUUAGUUUGUACAAAAACAAAUAUAUAAUAACAGGCGUGACUAUACUAUCGUUUCUUCUUAUGUUUCAGUACAAGUAUCAUGAAGUACUGACAGUUUAUGAAGAUAAUGUAAAAUUUACACAAAGUUGUAAAUUAUUUUUGGCUCGUUUAUUAUUUGGGAGAACUAGAAGUCGAAUUGCUGGAAAAAUUUUUAAGAUACAAAUUCCACAAACAUAUCGUUUAUAUGUAUACAACUCUUUAAUUAAUUAUAUGAAUAUAAAUAAAGAUGAGAUAAAAUAUCCUAUUGAGUCAUAUAAAUCACUUGGUGAUUUCUUUUCAAGAUAUAUAAGAGAAGAAACAAGACCAAUUGGUGAUGUUAGUGAAUAUUCAGUAGUUAGUCCAUGUGAUAGUGAAGUAGUAGAUUUUGGUGAAUUAAAAUCAGAUUAUCUUGAAAAUGUAAAAGGAAUAAAAUUUCAUGUUAAGACCUUUUUAGGAGCUAAUUUUGAAAAGAAAUAUAAAGAUGGAAAUACAAGAUUUUAUUAUGCUAUAUUUUAUUUAAAUCCCAAAAAAUAUCAUCAUUUUCAUGCUCCUUUUAAUUUUAAAUAUAAAGUAAGAAGACAUAUAUCAGGUGAACUGUUCCCCUUAUUUCAAGGUAUGUUUAAAAUUAUUAACAACUUAUUUAAUAUUAAUGAACGAGUCAUAUUAUCAGGAGAAUGGACAGGUGGAAAUAUGUAUUAUGCAGCUAUAAGUGCUUAUAAUGUUGGUAAUAUUAAAAUUAUAAAUGAUGAAGAAUUAUUAACAAAUAAUUUAAGAACACAGUUAAGUUAUAUGGGGGGAGAUAUUGAUACGAAAAUUUUUGAUAAUUAUAAAAAUUUUGAAGUUGGUGAUGAAAUAGGGGAAUUUAAGUUAGGAUCAUCCAUAAUUGUAAUUUUUGAAAAUAAAAGCGAUUUCAUGUGGAGCAUAAAGCCAAACCAAGUCGUAUCAGUGGGCGAAAGGGUCGGUGGGGUUAACGAGAUAGAGCAGCCAAAAAAUAUGUUCAUUAAAAUUAGGAGUUGA